CUAAUAUGUAACGCGACACCAAAUGAAAACAAACUGCAAAGGACUUUAAUCACGAGUUUUAUCUUAUCAUACUUCUUUGUGUACGAUGGACUAAAUUAAUCAAGUCACGUUAUACCUAUACUAAUACUGUAAACAAUUUUACGAAAGUUUCAUUAUUUUUAAAUUACCUUUGUGUAUUCCAUUAAGGUUCAAGCACGCUUCCCUGGUGACACAUACCUCAGCCAUCUAUCUGUCUGUACAAAUGUUUCUGUAACAUUGCCGUUUAUAGGUUAAACUUCAUUGGAUAUACCUGUAUACAGGGAUUAUACGAAUAUGAAAGUAAGACACCCACUGUGGAUCGCUGCACAGUUUACACUGGUAAGUUUGCUGGUGGUCGGCGUCGUUGUCGGUAAACAAUGUGUUGGAGUCGGCCCAUGCGCCUGCACGUUUGAUGACGGGAGUGGAACGGUAGAUCUCAGCAGCACGGGUAACAAAGAUGGCACAGCCAGAUAUCAUGACUACCCAGGAGCGGAUUCCUACUUCUACUCGUACAACCCGUGCGCUCCGUUCACUGACGGCGGCUGUGUCGACGUGGCGGUGUGCCAGACUGACAACGCAAAGACUGCGUACUACAACCUCGGAACGCAGGACACGGCUCAGUGGUCGUACGACGGAACCAACAUUCAAAUCUACUACUACGCCUUGACCGACGCGAUGAGGGAAACGUUCGUCACUGUUAAAUGUGAUCCGAAGUACGAUGAGCCUUUUGUGUCGAUUCAGGGAGAGCAACCUCUUGGGUAUCCACAAUACUAUGUUGAAAUUACUACAAAAUGCGCAUGCCCAGGCAUGUGUGGCACGACAGUACCGACUGACGAGUCUGGAUCUUUAAGUGGAGGCACAAUUCUAAUAAUAAUCGUAUUUGUCAGUGGCUUCAUGUACAUUGUUGUUGGCAUGGGGGUGUUGAAAACUCGUUACCAGGCAACGGGAGCCGACAUGUUUCCUAACAGAACAUUUUGGGGAUCACUACCCGGACUUGUAAAGGAUGGAUUUGUGUUUACAUUUAGACUUUUCAGAGGAAAAUCAAAGACAGGAUACCAAGACAUCUAGCCCGAAUCUGUGUUUUAUCAUCUACUUCCAUUCAAUAACCAUUUUAAAACGAACAGAAAAAAAGACAGUGACUAUAAAUGACAUUUAUAUUAUUAUUUAUUGGUUUAUUUUAAAGCUUCAUUUUUUAAAAAUAAAAUUUGACUGUUG